UCGAGGCCUUUCAAGAUAACGAUGCAGACCGAACAGAGAUUGAAAAUGUUUAUACGAAGAUGAAGAAGGACUUCAUGUGGAAGUUAUCAAGCGGAAAAUUGGUAGAAGAAGAGCUUUAUAAUAUCGGAAAGAAACUGGAAUUCGAACAUGCUAUACAUUCCUUCAUAAUCGAUACAGAAGAUGAAAUAAUCAAGCAACACUUCAGCAAAUAUGAAUUAGAUGAAAUAGAUGAUGCGCCUAUUCCGGAGGUUCCAGAUCUCCCUCAGAGUGUAAUUGAGUACUUAAAUAAGUUUAUAAACAUAACCAGUACAAAGGAAGUGCGUUCUAUAAUUAACAAGCAAGAUGAUAGAUCCGAAGCAGGUUAUGAUUCAUCUAUUUACCACGAUCUGGAUUAUAUUCGGUUCGCAUUUUAUGCGUUGUAA